AUGCUUAAGGGAAAAUCCUUGGGCCCCUGCAAAUGGGAGGAAAUUGCUUUCAUCAUUCAUUGGUGUUCUCUGUUGAGCCCACUUUCCCUUGGACUUUGUCGCAAGUCUCCCCCAAACAUUUCUGGUGCCAAAAUCUGGGAAGGGAACAGUCAUCAGACAGACUCCACUCUUCCCCAUAUGAAGAAGCCAGAACAUGAAGAUAUGUGUGAAGACCAUCCAUACUCCUGUCCUUGCCCUGGUGCCUCUUGUAAAUGGCAGGGCUCACUGGAAGCUGUUAUGUCCCACCUCACGCAUGCUCACAAGAGCAUCACUACCCUUCAAGGGGAAGAAGUCAUGUUCUUAGCAACAGACAUUAAUUUUCCAGGGACCUUCAAAUGGGUGAUGAUGCAGUUCUGCUUUGGCCAUCACUUCAUGCUAGAGUUGGAGAAACAAGAGAUGUAUAAGGAUCACCAACAGUUCGUUGCCAUGGUGCUGAUCAUUGGGACCCAGAAGCAAGCAGAGAACUUUGCUUAUAAACUGGAACUGAAUUGCAACCAGCAGAGAUUGACCUGGGAAACCAAGCACCUUUCCAUCCAUGAUGAGGUGGCUACUACCAUCUUGAAAUGUGACUGCCUUGUUUUUGAUACAGCCACAGCACAUCUCUUUGCUGAUAAUAGGAACCUCAGAAUCAAUGUGAAAAUUUCAACAUGUUGUCCAUGA